CGGGAGUUGUAGUGCGUCUGGCUUCUCGAGGCGCCGCCUCCUCCUUUCCUCCUGCCUUGGAAACCCCGUGCGAGCGCUAGCGGCGCUCUCUUUCCGGUGUCCGCCAUUCUGCGAGCAGGUCGUUGGUGCACCCGCCGCCAUGCAGAUCUUCGUGAAAACCCUCACCGGGAAAACCAUCACCCUCGAGGUUGAACCGUCUGAUACUAUAGAAAAUGUCAAAGCUAAGAUCCAGGAUAAGGAAGGAAUUCCUCCUGAUCAACAGCGUCUGAUUUUUGCUGGCAAACAGCUGGAAGAUGGGCGCACUCUGUCUGAUUAUAAUAUCCAAAAGGAGUCUACCCUUCACCUUGUGCUGAGACUUCGUGGUGGGGCAAAGAAGAGAAAGAAGAAGUCUUACACCACUCCUAAGAAGAACAAGCAUAAGAGAAAGAAGGUGAAGCUUGCUGUCCUUAAAUACUACAAGGUGGAUGAGAAUGGCAAAAUCAGCCGUCUGCGGCGAGAGUGUCCCUCAGAAGAAUGUGGGGCCGGGGUGUUCAUGGCUAGCCACUUUGAUAGGCAUUACUGUGGCAAGUGCUGCUUGACCUACUGCUUCAACAAGCCGGAAGACAAAUAAAUGUGUCCAUUGUAAUAAAAAAAUGAAGUUCUAGUAAGAACUAA